AUGCCUGCCAUCGAUACUGAGGCACAGUUUAAGUUCCUGCUGUGCUGCAUCAAGCACUCUGCAGCAGGCAAGGUCAACUUUGACGCUGUCGCCUCCGAGUUGAGCAUUGUCAGCAAGGCUGCUGCAGCCAAACGUUAUGAGAGACUCCUGAAGGCUCACGGCAUCAACCUAUCUGCUCCGCGCAAAUCGGCUGCCGCCGCGGCCGGUGUUGCCAAUGACAGCGGCAGCGAGCCUCAGACUCCCGCUUCUAAGAAGCGCAAGCGUCUCGGUGCCGCCAAACAGGAUGAGGACGAGGAGACCCCCACCAAGAAAGAGCGCGGUGUGAAGAAGGAACGCGGCGUCAAGAAGGAGGAGUCCGAUGACGACGUUGUGAUCAAGAACGAGCACGAUGAUGAUAACUACAUCUCGGAGUAA